UAAAGCGCGUUGGCAGCUUUCAAGUUCGCGCGAGUUCUUCAUUUUGUUUUAACUCGACAAAAACAAGACAAGUAAAAUGCCCAGCGGGCGGCCGAAAAGCUCUAAAAUCUCAACCUCCAAGGAGGUGGACAGCCAGGAGUAUUUGGUGGAGAAGAUCGUUGGAAAACGGUUCCGGGACGGUCGUCUGCAGUUUCUAGUCAAGUGGCAGGGCUUUCCAGAGGAAGAGAACAGCUGGGAGCCACUGGAAGGAGUGGGCCACCUCUCCUACCUGCUGGCCGAUUUCGAGGCGGAGGAAUACAAGCGCAGCCAGGAGAAGAAGGCGCCGCUGGGAGCCAGCAGCCAGGAGGCGGAGGAAGCGCCCAGGAGCAGCAAACAGUCCAAGGGAUCCCCCUCGAAGACGACAAAGCGCCGCAAUUCCCGAGCUGUUGACUCGGGAAAAGCCAAAAGAGUCGCGCCCAAUCCCAAUGCAGCCAAAGCCGUGAUCAAUGUGUCGUUCUUGACCAAAAGUAACGCCAAGAGCCCAACUCGUCGACGCCAAUCGCGCUAUAUGCCCGUGGACGAGUCCAGUGACCAUGCAGCACCAUCAACUUCAUCGAACACAGAAGCAGUGGAUCAAGGAACAAGCGAGCACAACAGCUCGCUGAACGGCUGUGAGGAGCAGCCAACCGAGACAUCGGUGGUAGAUGAUCCAGUUGGCCUCCCGCUGGAGCACAUCCAGAACUCUCCGCUGGAUGCAGAGCAGGAGCUGGAUUGGAGAUUGCCGCCGUACACGAAGCCAUUUGGUUUGGCGCGUGGCCUGGAGCUGAGCAAGGUGCACCACUGCUUCUUUGUUCGCGAGCAGCUCUUUCUGUUCGUCAGCUGGAAGGGCUGCUCCUCGAUAGACGCAGUGCUCCUGAGGGACGUACAGCAUGCCUUCCCAAUACCAAUCAUAAAAUACUUUGAGAGUAUUUCCGUCUUGAAUGACGACCAAGGGGAGGAUGGAACCACAAAGCUGCAUGAACUCACAUAGAUUAAGUUAUUUUUCCUAGUAGCCAAGUGUGGUCAAUAUUAUUGAACUCAACUUGAUUCCUAGCUUUUAAUAUGUUUGUGCGCAGCUCUAGCACUUGAUGUCCAAAUAAGCUUUUCGCAACGUGACCAUAUUGUAUUCGCCUUCCAAGCUGAGCUUCCAAUAAUCUAAAGUUAGUUAUACUUUGGCGCCCUUCGCGCAGCCUCACUGCUUGUAAACAAGAAAUACGCUUUUAUGCGUAAAACACUGUAAACUAGAGGCAAACAUCGGAAAUCAUUCGAGCUGCUAAAGUAAGCGAGUGCAAGCAAUGCAUAUGAGCCAAGUUCAAUGAGCCAAAGUGAAUAUGACAAGUGAAUAAAUGAAUUAAGCGAGAGAACCGGUUGGUUUUGCUUUUAUUGCUUUCUUUUCGAUUCUGGCUGCUAUCAGAAAAGCCCAAACCCGUGUCACAAGUGUCAUGAAGCAUCCGAACAGAUAAUACGUCUCGGAAAUUGAACAAAAGCGUUUGUUUUUAAAAUGAAUAAAUCGAAUGUGGCACGUGCGCAAAAGCGACACUAAUCAAAAAGUAUAUUUUCAAAUUGUAAACAAAAAGUACAAACUAAUU